AUGGCCCCGCCGUCGCCCGCCCCCGAGGACGAGCGCGACUCCGUGGACCUGUACGCCACGCUCGGGCUGACGCGAGACGCGUCCUCGGGCGCGAUAAAAAAGGCGUAUCGCACGCUCGCGCUCAGAUUCCAUCCCGACAAGAACCCCGGCGACGAGGUCGCGACCGAGACGUUCAAGGACAUCGGCAAGGCGUACGCCAUCCUGAGCGACGCGAAGAAGAAGAAGUACUACGACGACACCGGUGAC